CAGUCGUUGCUUCUAUCAAGACAGUGACAUAUUUUCCUCACAAUUUACUUUGUCUCGACAUAAGGAUUGUUUUCUACCAUAGAGACAAACCGACGAGAAACUUGGUUGGUAGCAGCCUUUCCCCUAGAAUAAUGGCGCCCCCAUCGCCUCUAUCAAUUGCUACAUCGUCUGUUCAACGUUUGGUCAAGGAGGAGGCUUCUUACCACCGUGAACUGCAGCAGCAAGAACAGCGAAUCCAGCGCUUGGAGGCCGAGACCGGCCCCGAUGAAGAUGGAAACAGGCAGUAUGCACUGAAUCAAGAGCGUCGGGCAAUGGAAGAAACCAAAGCAGUACUUCCAACACUGAAACCAAAGAUUUCAGCUGCUCUCCAGAAGUUAGAGGCUCUACUGGUCGAGGAGGGACAGAAAGGCGACCAAAGCAAUGUUGAGCAGAUAAAUGCUGCCAAGGAUGCAGUAGCUCAAGCCAAGAUUGCAGUGAGAGAGGUUUCGUGAUAGAAGAAAAUUAAUUCGACGGCUGUCCUGACCGAGAAGACGGCGAGAUGUAACUCUGGUAUAAAGGCUGCAAAUCCUGAAAGUAACAAAGCA